UAUCACCAGUGCAAUAUAAUACAGCACAAAUCAAUAAGAAAUUAAGAAGUUGACAAUGGCUGCCUCCAUAGUCCCAUCAACAACCAUUGCUUCCAUCAACCGCGGCUGCAGCUCAGUUGCCCCAUUCACCGGCCUUAAAUCCUCCGCAGCUUUCCCCGUCACCCGCAAGUCCACUGACAUCACUUCCCUUCCAAGCAAUGGUGGCAAAGUGCAAUGCAUGCAGGUCUGGCCUCCAAUUGGGAAGAAGAAGUUCGAGACUCUCUCUUACCUGCCUCCUCUAACCGACGAAUCAUUGGCAAAGGAAGUUGAAUACCUUCUCCGCUCUGGAUGGAUUCCUUGCUUGGAAUUUGAGUUGGAGCAUGGAUUUGUGUACCGUGAGAACGCCAGGUCACCAGGGUACUAUGAUGGAAGGUACUGGACCAUGUGGAAGCUGCCCAUGUUUGGAUGCACAGACGCUGCUCAAGUGUUGAAGGAGCUUGAGGAGGCCAAGAAGGCUUACCCCAACUCAUUCAUUCGCAUUAUCGGAUUCGACAACAAGCGUCAAGUGCAGUGCAUCAGUUUUAUUGCCUACAAACCCCCUGGUUUCUAAAUUUUCCUUUUCAGUUUUUGCGGUAUGAUGAAUAAAUGAAUGAAUGAUGGAAGGGCCAAAUGUACAUAAAAGAGUAAACCUACAUUAUAUGAGAUAAUGUCCUUUUAU